AUGGUCUAUUAUUUCAAAUCUAUAGGUUCAGAUCAUUCUUUCGAAUCAUCACCAAGAUUCAUAUAUAUGGGUGCCGAUAAAUUAGAAAAUGAAGAUUUAAUUAAAUAUGGUCAUGAAGAAGAUGUUUGGUUUCAUGUUGAUAACCUAAGUUCUGCACAUGUUUACCUAAGGUUAGAACAAGGUGAAAAAUGGGAUGAGAUCCCGGAACCUUUAUUAUGGGAUUGUGCACAAUUAACAAAAGCUAAUUCUAUUGAAGGAAACAAAAGAGAUAAUAUAACUGUUAUAUAUACACCUUGGUCAAAUUUAAAAAGGACAAAGGGGAUGGCUGAUGGUGAAGUUUCAUUUAAAAAUCAUAAAAAAGUUAAAAAAAUUCAUAUUCAAGUGAGAGAGAAUUCUAUAAUAAAUAGGUUAAAGAAAACCAGGGAGGAGAUUAAAGGUCGUAAUCAUUUAAUCGAGGCAAAGAAUAAUAGAGAUAAAGAAUAUACACAAAAAUUAUUAAAUUUAAAAAAACAACAAAAAUUAAAAGAUGAAGAAGAAAAGAAAAAAAUUGCUGAUGAAAAAAAGAGAAAAGAAACAUUGUAUGAUGAUUUAUUUGAUGAUGAAGAGAUUAAUAAAUCAAGUAAUCAAAAAAGAAUGUAUGAUCCAGAAGAUGAUUUUUGGUGA